UGUUGCUGUUGUUGUUGCCUUUUUUUGUUUUUGUUUUUUUUUUUUCCAUUGAAGAUGGCCAGCCUGAUCCGCCAUCCAUGGAUUCUGCAGGCAGUCGCUGGCACUGGCAAGACGCCGUCCUACCCGGCUGCCCAGCUCAUCCGCUUCCUUCACAUUGAGCCGUCGCCUCCACCACAAGCCGCCCCUGCCACCACCGCAAACCAGUCCGCAGUCAAUGCUGCUGCCAGUGGGAGCACAGUAGGCGAUGGCGCUGAGCCGGCUGCUGCUCCUGCCGCCCCACAACAACCCGUCUUUGCGUUGGGCGAGCUCAGCGACAAUGUCUUCUCAGUCAAGUCCGUAUUUACACCAGAAGCCAUUGAGAUGCACACCUCAAAGCACCAAAAGCCACUCGCGCAGAUCAAAGGGUGCGUGAUGCACAUUAACAAGUUCCGGAUUGUGCUCAACUCGACCAAGACAGACGUGAUUCUCAUUGUGGACGAAUUCAACUUUGUCGGUUCGGAAGGCUGCCACCAGUUCGUGCCCUCGCUGCAAAGCCUCCUCGGCAAUCCUGACGCAAUAGCCGCACUAACCGAAAUCAAGGCAGGUGUAGAAGCAGGCUCCCGUGGAAUCCUCGUGUUCCAAAACGCCCCGAAACUCGCGCAGCUGCCCUCCCUCCAGUCCGCCCCAAAGCAGCCAGCAGCUCCGCCACGUCAGGUUGAGGAAGUCUUGACCUGGGUAACGCGAGCCAUGCCCGCGUGGAAUCCUUCGCUGACCAUCCGUCCACCAUCGCCGCGUUUGGCCUUUCCGCCAACAUCUGCCCAUGCGAACGGCGCUGGCGAUUCAGCGCAACCCAUCACAAGCUCGACAAGUCGGCAAGUUUUGUCUUUUGCCGAGUUUGUGAUUCCAGCGGAUCAGGAAGAAUUGCUCAAUACGCUGCCAGGAUGGGAAACGCGGCCAGUGGAUGCGUUGAGCGAGGAGUUUACACCGGCGGGUGCGCACUCGCACUUUACACAAUACCCAGCCGAUCCGCCAUACCAAAGAAUGCAGGCUUCACAGGCCUAUAGCUUGGCAUCGCAAGUACCGAGACUGGAUGGAGUCGGAGCCAACGAUGCUGGAACGGAAAAGUUUGGCAUGGACGACUGGACGCACUCCCAGCUCGCCUCCGCCUUCCCACUGACCACGCAUUCGGAAGAAGACGUGGUCAAGUUGGCCAACCCGGAGCUGAUCGCCGUCACAGACUUGCCUCCGGAUACUGGCGACUAUCCUGCACUGGAAAUGUACAUUCCUUCGCCGCCACCAGCUGAUGCUGAUGGCUCCAACAACCCACCGGCAGAGGGUGCGGAUCAACCCACUGCGAUGCAAAUCGAACCUUCCGCGACGACGACGACGACGACAACGACGACCUCGGCCGCGACUGCCAUUACAGAGCAUGCCCCUGUUGACGACGAUGAGCCACCAGCUCACACUUUGACGUCUGAACCGCUUCCGACGAGCACCAUUGCCGAGAAUGCUUCUAGCCGCAAUGUUGAGAAUGACAAUGCGUCCACCGGUGAUACUGACGCGCCAGGCCAGCCAACUUUGGCUCAGACGGCUACUGAUGCUGAAAACAACAUGGUCGAGAACGAUUCAAGCCGCAGUGUCGAAAAUGAGUCCGCCGUACCCAAUGACGUGCCAGGCCAUCAAAGUCCACCAAAGUCACCAGCCCAAGAAGCGGACAACGAGAGCCAACCCAAGUGGCCAAAGUCGGCCUUUGGCGAAGGAGUCGCAUUUGUUCCUGACAGCACAGAUAAUAGCAUGGAAGACUUUGACGAGGAUUCGUUUACAUCACCGGACAUUGCGGGAGAGGCGGUAGAGUCUCGACGAUCCGCCCCACGAAAGUAUCUCCCUUUAGCGGGGCUCAUUCCAAGGCAACCAGACCGACAAGUUACUGUCAAUAUUGACAGUAAUCUAUUCGCUUUAAGCACUGUGCAGACCGACGACGAGUCCGCUUUGGAAACGGAACUGCCGCCGAACGAGUCUGCCUCCGCAAGAGCAGUGGUUACCUCAACGGGUGGCACCAAGACUCCCGACGCUGCUGCGGCUCCGCCCCAACCGAAAGAAACGCCUCAUCUGUUCUCGCCCAAUCCCAAGUCCCUUGCAACGCUUGCGUCCAAGCAGACUGCGCCGUCAACACCCUCGCCGACAACUGUUGCAGCGACCUUGCAACCCACCCCAAAAGGAGCUCAUUCAGAGCGUGUUGCCAUCGAUUCUCCAACGUCUCCUACUUUUGCAGCUUCACGACGAUCUCUGCCGAGCUUGAGCGCAACAGGUCCGGCAAAGAACGCCCACCCCGGCCGCGACCAACCCGUUGCCAGUCCAUCCAUUGCCAGACGGUGGUCCUCUGCUGCCUCCUCGUCGUCUCCCUCACCAAGCGUGCCCGCUGGCCAGCCCAUGAAACGAAUCCGACUCGAUGGCGAAGCCUCUAGUCCUGCGCUCGCCGGCGAUAACACGAUUGAUGCUCAACCGCCGUCGCCGUUGCAGACUACAAGCAUCAACGGGUUUGUGGUUCUUCCCCCUCUGCCCGCGGUUCUGGCUCAUCGCCAUCGCCAGCUUCUCCACGAACGCCAGCUGGACGAGCAGCGAAAAUCGCGUGCGGCGGGUGAUCCGUUGACUCCGGAUGAUCUGGCGUACUACCGUGCGCAAUCGAUUGCCCUCGGUGUCUUUGAUGCUCCUCUCGGUGCCAGUGUCUUUGAAGCGAUCGAUUACAUGCACUGGUGAGACGAUGGGAUUGCGAUAGCUUGUUGUAGGUGUUUUUUUACAGUUUGUUGGUGUUUCCAGUUUGUUCCCGCGCUGUCAAUUGUAUUUUGUUGAGUUCUCUUGCACUGUCCACCGAAAGUCACCUUCGUCCCUCUG